AUGGCAGACGCCCCAGUGGCCAUCCCAGACGGGAGCGCCCCCCGCCCGAGAAAUCCCCGCCGAGGAGGCAGAGGGCGCGGCAAUCGUGGCGCGCCACGACAGACGCAGACACGAACGGACUCGCAGCCGCAGUCACAACCGCCAUCACAGCCACAGCCACCACCGGAGACUCGCGCGCAGCAGACACCCCCCACCGGAAACGAUGAAACCCGUCCCCGCCGAGGUCCCAAAACGGGAGGGCGCAGAGGAGGCGCAGGAGGAGGAGGAGGUCGUGGGGGAGGCGCUCCCUCCGAGAGUGGUCGUAAUCGUCGUCAAGGACGUGCUCACGACACUGAUAUGGGAGGUUUGAACACCGGGCGAAGGUUCCAAGGCCGGCUGACGCGGCCGGAUCGUGUGGCGGGGGCGGAAGCGGAAGAAGGCGCUGAACAACAAUCACAAGAAAACGGCGUGCCGGAGGGUUUGAGGGCUGAUGCGCCGACUUUCGUACCCGGCGGGACGCCAAACGGAGACACCCCGACGGGCCCCCGGGAGAAAUCCGCGAGUGCGUCCAAAGGGAAAUCCAAGGCGAAGGUGAAAAACCCGCCGCCGCCGCCCAAGGUGACGACGAAAUCAACGGCGCCGGAUAUCGCCACCCGCAUCCACGAAGACAUCGCUCACACGCUCUACGAAUGUCCGAUCUGCACGGGGGAACUGGGGCGGAGAUCGCGGGUGUGGUCGUGUGGACUGUGCUGGACUGUCUUUCAUUUGAGCUGUGUCAAGAAGUGGUCGCAGAAUGAAGGCGCAGCGGCGCAGGAUGCGGCCCGUCGGCGGGGUGAGGAGGGUGACUCCCAGCAGCCACGCGCCUGGCGAUGUCCCGGUUGCAACUUGGCGCAGGAGGUCUUCCCCUCGAGCUACACGUGCUGGUGCGAGAAAGAGGUUGACCCCCGUCCGCUGCCCGGUCUUCCGCCGCACUCGUGUGGGCAGACUUGCUCGCGAUUGCGCAAGGGCUGCCCGCACCCGUGCGAUGCUACCUGCCACGCGGGUCCGUGUACCCCCUGUACGGCGAUGGGCCCGACGCAGGAUUGCUUCUGUGGGAGGAAUUCGACUACCAAGCGCUGUCGAGACACCGACUACGAUAACGGCUGGAGCUGUGGCGAGAUCUGUGGGGACCUGUUGCCCUGCGGGGAGCACACAUGCUCUCGGCCGUGCCACGAGGGUCUCUGCGGGGCGUGCGAGGUGAAGGUCGAAGCUCGUUGCUACUGCGGGAAGGCGGAGACGGAGAUGCUGUGUAGCUCCAAGGACGAGGAGAUGGACAGCGAGGUGCAGCGCGACGGGCAUAUCGAGCAGUGGACGGGCUGUUUUGCCUGCGGAGAGCAGUGCAAUCGGCCGUUCGACUGUGGCGUCCACUUCUGCCAGAAGAGCUGCCACCCGCAAGACGCGGAACCCGCCCAUUGUCCGCGGUCGCCGGACGUCGUCCUCGACUGCCCCUGCGGGAAGACCCCGCUGGACCAGACUCCCGGUUAUACGCCGCGGACGUCGUGCGAGGACCCGAUCCCGAACUGCCUCGAGGCCUGUGGCAAAAUCCUCCCCUGCGGACACUCGUGCGACAUGAUCUGCCACACGGGUCCGUGCGGGGUCUGUCGCCGCACCGUGCCCAUCAGCUGCCGCUGCGGACGCAACACGUUCAAGACCAUCUGCCACCAGGGAACGAUGGAGCCGCCGCAGUGCUUCCGCAUCUGCCGCGCGGGGCUGCACUGCGGCCGCCACGCGUGCACCGAACGAUGCUGCCCCGGGGAACAGAAGGCGCUCGAGCGCCAGGCCAUGCGGCGGAAGCUCAAGGCCCACCUGCGCCCCAGCGACGAAGACGUCGAAGCCGAGCACAUCUGCACCCGGGUGUGUGGGCGGAUGCUGAAAUGCGGACGCCACACAUGCCCGGAGAUCUGCCACAAGGGGCCCUGCAAUACCUGCCGGGAGGCGAUCUUCGAGGAGGUCCCCUGUAACUGCGGCCGGACGGUCCUCCACCCGCCGCUACCCUGUGGCACGCAGCCGCCGCCGUGCUCGUUCCCCUGCGAACGCCCAAAACCAUGCGGCCACCCCCAGACACCACACAACUGCCACUCCGACGACGAGCAGUGCCCCAAGUGCCCGUACUUGACAGAGAAAACUUGCCUGUGCGGCCGCCGGGCGCUGAAGAACCAGCCCUGCUGGCUAACCGAUGCACGAUGCGGGCAGAUCUGCGGCGAACUGCUCAAAUGCGGCUCGCACACCUGCCAGAAGAACUGCCACCGACCGGGCGACUGCGAGGACGCCUCGCGGCCGUGCCAGCAGCCCUGCGGCAAGACGAAGACCAUGUGCGGACACCCGUGCACAGAACCCUGCCACGCGCCAUACCCCUGCCCCGAGAAGACGCCCUGCCCGACCAAACUCACAGUAACAUGUCCUUGCGGUCGCCUCCGCCAGACGCGCCUCUGCGGCGCAGCCAAAGCCGUCGCCUCCAAAGGCCAACUCCAGCAACCCCCCCGCUCACCAGCCUCCACCCUACUCACCUGCGACGACGAAUGCGCGCGCCUCGAGCGCAACCGGUCCCUCGCAUCCGCCCUCGGCGUCGACAUCAACCCCGCAACAACCAUCGCGCAAAACAUAACCUCCAACAACCUCCCCUACUCCACCGAAACGCUCGACCUCUACCUGCAAGCGUCCUCCUCCUCCCCGCUCUCCGCCAUCCAAGCCUGCGAAACCAGCCUCCAAUCCCUCGCGCUCAACCCCACAACCCAACGCUCCGUCCGCUUCCAACCCGCCAAGUCCUCCCUCCGCGCCUUCACGCACUCCCUCGCCUCCGACUGGGGCUUCACCAGCGAAAGCUACGACCCCGAGCCCCACAGACACGUGUUCGUCCUCCGCCCAACAACAUGGACGCCCCCACCCUUCGGCACAGGGAACGGCACGACCACAAUCGGCAUCGGCGGCAUGAGCGUCUCCGAAUGCGUCAAGCUCCGCGAACGCGAACGCGUCAAAGAGCGAGACGCCCAGCGCGUCGCAGCAGCAGAAGCCAAAGCGCAGCGCGAGGCUGCCCGCGCCGCCCUCGGCGGUGACGGCGCCGGCGGAUGGGCGCAGGUGGCUGCCGCUUCGGGUAGAAGGGGUGGACCUAGCGGGAGUAGCAGUCGGAGCUCGACACCGCUUGCGCCGCCUACGCCGGCGUCUUUUGGUGGCGCGACGAUGUAUGCUGCGCUUAUGGGUGAUUCUGCGGCGGCGGGGGCCGCGGUGGGUGCACAGCGGAAGAAUAGGCUUGUGUUGAGGUCGGGUGUUGGUGCUGCUAGGCAGAUUUUGAAACCCGAACCUGUUGCUGAUAGUUGGGAGGAGGCGGAGGAGAAGGAGGAGGCGGAGGAGGAGAAGAAGGAAGAGGGCGAGGAGAAAGAAUUGGCGGAAGAAGAGAAGGAGAAGGCAAGGGAAGUUCCUGAUGAAGGUGAUAACUUACCUGCGCCUGUGCCUGUGCCUGUGCCUGUGCGUGAGGAUGUCGAUGUCGAUGCCGGCGCAGCAGGCGAGGGGUCUGGGGAAAAGACAUCCACUUAG